CAUCACGCGUGAAGCUUGGAAGGCUUGGCGUAUCCCAAGCCAUACGGAGCGUAUAUGUAAUUUCCUGCCUUCAGCCUCCUCCGGCUUUGCUUAGUUUUGCUUCCGUUUUGGCUGUUCGUCGCACCUCUAGGUCACAAAUCACACUUUUGUGACCCGACGUGUGCUCAUCCGCCGGCAGUUCCCUUUGUACUCUUCUGCCCGAAUCCAGAACAACUGCUGCCAGCGACGCGGUCUGUCGACGAAUCCUCGGGCUUUGCUGUGAUUUUGUAUCUCCUCGCUUCCUAGCUCUCCUCACCACCGGGGCCUCUGAAUAUCUGGAGGUUAAAUGGUGGCGAGUUGUACACAUACCGCCCAAGGUCAAGAUGAAUGCUGAUGGUAGCCCUUUAAAGAGCAAGAUUAUCCCAACACGAAAUGCUGCAAAGAAAGCCAGCUCGAGUUUCUCUAGCCAACUGGAUGACUCUCCAGUGAACUCCGAGGACGAAUAUGAACGGCCGGCGCGACAGCGAAGAGGUACGGGACGAGGAAAGGGAAGAGGCGGUGGAAGUCGAAGAGGUCGCGGCAAAUCCACUGUGCCUACAGCAUCGACAUCGACUCGUAUACAGACUCAGGGAGCGGCCGGUCCCGAAUCGUCAGACGCUCAUCACUCAUCUACGUUGUCGACGUCAAAGAAAAAACGUUCGUUCGCGUUCUCUGACCUGUCGGAUGCUGAUGAGUCUCCGCUAUCUUCUGUUCCCACCACACCUGUGAAGCGGUCCACGUCGUUUCACAAGGCAAGCCGUUCAAAGGCAGCCUUGACCAGGUCUUUGUCGUCAGUGAGCAGGCUUUCCACCUCGUUCGAGAUGCCGUGGUCUCUCGAUGGCCUUGGAAAUUACGUAUGGGUUCUUGUCAGUAGUGCGGGAAGCGUCUUCCAGGAAGAAAAUGAGAAGGAAUACAUCUGGUGGCCAGCAAAGAAGCAUCGCUUAAUAGGACAUCAACUCACACUAAUACCCUUUGGCAACCUUAAUCCGCGUUUUAAUCGAAUCACCAUAGAGCAUCCUUGCUCCGAGAACGUUCUGUCCUUGACUGACUCCUUGGGACGUAACAGGUUUAACGAACCUGUGUUCUCACCUCCUUCAGCUGUCGAUGACCUUGAAGGGUCCCCAAAAAAGAAACGGAAAACCGAUAGAGAUGAUAUGAGGUUACGGUGGCACGAUGCCUUGCGUUUAAUGUUGCAAGCGAAAGAGGAGGAGGAAGACCAACAAGACGACCUACCAGACAUCGCCUUUGCGCUAAGCGUUCGCAGUGCACAUGCCUCAGCGCCCGUCUCUCCUAGCAAAAGGAAGCAACAAACAGGAUAUUCAGUAUCCGAUACCGAUGAAGCAGAAGAUCUGGAAUCAUGGGAGGACCCCGGUGCUGAUCCGGAACUCCAAAUUCCAGGCGAAUUGGUGCUUGCGAGAGAAAAAGCGGAUUCGCAUUUGUCAUAUUGGCCUGCCAAAGUCCUGGAGUAUGUCCCGCCCGUUUCGAGAAACCAAAAAGCGGGAAAGUACAAGGUAUUAUAUCUCGAUGGAGCAAUGCGGACAAUUCCGAGGACGUGGUUCAAAUGUCUGGGCGAUGAGGCGUUUGGCACAUGUAAGCUCGGGGAAUUCGAAAGCACUGCGGUUAACGAUGAUCCUAAUAAUAACGACGAUGACUCCAUGAUGGGCCAACCACACGAUAGAGAACCUAGUCCAGUCCCUUCCAUUCCACCGCCUUCUUCCUCUGACUUCAUCUACCUCUCGAUACGUGAACAAUUCUGCUAUACCAAACCCGUCCUGCGAGCCGUCCUAAACGAAACAUACCCUCCUGCGAUGCAGGCACAUGACAUGUUCAUGGCGGGAGGGAAGGCUAGGAAAGUCCUAAACCAGAAUGCAGGGGAGAGAGGGACAGUGACUCCCAAUGAUGUUGAGAGAUUGACGCGUUUUCUCCUCUCUUGGGUCCUGCGGGACGAGAUGGUGGCGAGGAGGAUAGCAGACGACGGAGGUGAGGAGACGCUGCCUGAUAACGCUGCAGCGCCGCAAAACACUGCAGAAGUUGUCGGUGGAGCAACUCGAGAUACAGGUACAACCGCUAAUGGUACCGCCAACGGAACACCUCACAAUAUUGAUGGCGACAGAACACCGAUAGUAGAUCACGAAGUGGAAGCAAAAGCAUCGAUCUCACAAACAGAAGGAGAGCCUCCCACAUCUCCCUCGACUUUGCCUGUUAUUGUGCAAGAGGGCGAGGUACUGUCAACGUCUUCACAGCCGGCUUCUGAAGCACCCACAGUCAGGGUAAGCGAUGCAAUGCUCGGUGUCAGACAUGUUACCCAUGUGCCUAGGCUAAGUCUCCAGGAACUAUUGCUGAGCCCUUCGUUUCAUCGCCGUCGGAAGAGCCUCCACCAUCAUCCUUGGCGCCUUCGGUCAAUGAUGUCGAUAUGGAGGAACCUGAAGAGGACUUGGAAGGCAGACAAACACCGCGUCUUGACAGUUCCCAACAUACAGACGUUGAGGUACCGUCGACAGAUGUGAUUGAUCAG